UGGUCACACUUAGAACACAAAAACGCCUUGUAACGCUGCAAGAAAACAUCAAAAAGAAAAAAGAGCAGAGUCAACGCUGCAAUUACAAUUAGAAAAUAAAAAGUAUAAUAAAAUUUUAAUUUGUUUUGAACAUGGCGGGCGAGUCGAAGCAGGAGAAAAAGCAGCAGCCCGCUGCUGGUGACGAGAAGGACCUAAAAGGCAAGCAGGCAGCGGCCGAAUCGGCGACACCUUCGAAGAAGGAUGACAAGGAACAUUUGCAGCCGGAACUCUCUGAUGAAGAUCAGCAGCUGCAAGAGGAAUUGGAAAUGUUGGUCCAACGUCUACAGGAAUCGGACAAGAAAUUGUAUCAACUGGCAUUGGAAACGAUGUCCAAGCUAAUCAGAGCGUCGACCACAUCAAUGACAUCGGUGCCCAAGCCAUUGAAAUUCAUGCGUCCUCACUACGAGACCAUGAAAACCGUGUACAAACACAUGCCCGAUGAGCAAACCCGCCAGAUGUGUGCUGAUAUCAUUUCGGUGCUAUCGAUGACCAUGGGCAGUGGCAAGGAUUGUCUGGCCUAUCGCUUUUUAUGCGAUCGCAAGCAGAAGAUUGGUGACUGGGGCCAUGAGUAUGUGCGCCAUUUAUCGGGUGAGAUAUCAGCGCAUUAUCAUGAUACGACAGGUGAAUUUCGUACUCAAUUGAUUGAGCUGGUCAAGCAGAUAAUACCAUACAAUAUGGAGCACAAUGCCGAAGCCGAUGCAUGCGAUCUUCUCAUUGAGAUCGAUCAUUUGCAUUUGCUUAGCGACUAUGUAGAUGAAUCAGCAUAUCCCCGAGUCUGUCUCUAUCUGCAGUCAUGCUAUCCCUAUGUCCCGGAACCCGAUAAUACCAUCAUUUUGGAGACUGCCCUGCAGCUGGCAUGCAAGUUCCAGCAGCACACCCAGGCAAUGCGUUUGGCCUUGAUGCUAAACAACAUGGAUAAGAUUCUGAAGAUUUUCAAAGAGCCCAAGGAGCCGGCUAUGCAGAAGCAAUUAGCCUUUAUGCUGGCACGCCAGCAAGUCUGCCUGGAGCUGGAUGAAUCUGUGCCCGACUAUGAUGAUCUCAUGGAGAUAAUGUCCAAUGCCAAUUUGAAUAAGCAUUUCCUUAAUUUGGCACGUGAAUUGGAUAUCAUGGAGCCAAAGACGCCCGAGGAUAUAUACAAAUCGCAUUUGGAUAACUCGAGAUCUCGUUUUGCAUCCAUUCAAGUCGAUUCGGCUAAACAGAAUUUGGCAGCCAGUUUUGUGAACGGUUUUGUUAAUGCCGGCUUUGGUGUCGAUAAGCUGCUAUCCGAGGAUGGAAACAAAUGGUUAUACAAGAACAAAGAGCAUGGCAUGCUCUCGGCCACUGCAUCUUUGGGCCUGAUCCUUCUGUGGGAUGUCGAUGGCGGUUUAACCAUGAUUGAUAAAUAUUUGUAUUCAACCGAUGAUAAUAUCAAAUCUGGUGCCCUUUUGGCAUGCGGCAUUGUCAAUUGUGGUAUACGCAAUGAGGUAGAUCCGGCUCAUGCCCUGCUUUCGGAUUAUAUUGAUAAUCAGAAUUCGUGUAUGCGCAUUGGAGCCAUAUUGGGCCUGGGCAUAGCCUAUGCCGGCUCAAAUCGCGCCAUUGUGAUUGAUACAUUGAAAACAGUUUUCAAUUUUGGCAAUUCGAAAAUUUCCGCCAGUGUCGAAGUAUUGGGUAUUACUGCUCUAAGUUUGGGUCUGAUUAGUGUCGGUUCAUGCAAUGCCGAGAUCACAGAAAUUCUGCUGCAGACCAUAAUGAGUCUAACGAAAACCGAUCUGAAGGAUACUUACACCCGUUUCCUAUUCCUGGGUCUGGGUCUACUCUAUUUGGGCCGCCAAAAGUCUACCGAAGCUGUGAUGAUGACUCUGGAGGUGCUGGAGGAUCCCUAUCGCAGUAUGGCUACCACUAUGGUCGAUAUAUGUGCCUAUGCGGGCACUGGCAAUGUUCUAAAGAUUCAACAAUUAUUGCACAUUUGCUCUGAUCACUAUGAGACUGUCAGCGGGGAUGAGGAGAAGGAGAAGUCCAAGAAGGACAAGAGCAAAGAGAAGGACAAGGAGAAGGAGAAAGAGAAGGAAAAGGAGCGUGAGAAGGACUUGUCGGCAACUCAAUCAAUUGCCGUUCUGGGCAUUGCUCUUAUAGCCAUGGGCGAGGAAAUUGGUGCCGAAAUGGCAUAUCGUUCAUUUGGCAAUCUCUUGCGCUAUUGCGAACCAGCCAUACGUCGCGCCGUCCCACUGGCCCUUGGCCUAAUAUCCGCCUCCAAUCCCAAAUUGAAUAUCCUGGACACGUUGAGCAAAUUCUCGCACGACAGUGAUGCCGAAGUGGCCCAUAAUGCCAUAUUUGCGAUGGGUCUGGUUGGUGCCGGCACCAAUAAUGCCCGUCUCGCCUCCAUGUUGCGUCAAUUGGCCCAAUAUCACUCCAAGGAUCCAAGCAAUUUGUUCAUGGUCCGCAUUGCCCAGAGUUUAACACAUUUGGGCAAGGGUACCCUUUCGUUGAGUCCAUAUCACAGCGAUCGCCAGCUAAUGAAUCCCAUGGCUGUGGCUGGCUUAAUGUCCACAUUGGUCUCUCUGCUGGAUGUAAAGAAUUUGAUAUUGAAUCGUUCGCAUUAUCUACUCUACACCCUUGUCCCGGCCAUGCAGGCACGCAUGUUAAUUACCUUCGAUGAGGAACUGAAUCAACUCCAAGUGGCCGUACGUGUGGGCAUUGCCAUCGAUGUGGUCGGCCAGGCUGGCAAACCGAAGACAAUUACCGGCUUCCAAACGCAUACCACACCGGUCCUGCUGGCCAUUGGCGAGCGUGCCGAAUUGGCCACCGAUGAGUACAUCUCAUUGACUCCAGUUAUGGAAGGAUUUGUCAUACUAAAGAAGAAUCCCAAUUUUGUCAAGUAACAAAUUUCUAUUCUAAUAAGAUGAGCUUAUAAGAAUGAUGUACGAAAAUUUAUUUCAACAACCAACACACACACAAACACACACACACAAAAAAACCCUGUUCAACUUUAAUACAGAAAAACUAUAAACUAUAUAUAUUAAAAAAAAAAAAAACUAAAAAUAUAUUAAUAGAACUUGGCGAUAAAUCAUUUUUCUUCAAGUAAAGUUAACUAAAAUGAUUAUUUUUUA